AUCACUCUUUGAUUAAGAAAUCUGCAAGCUUACUGCUUCAACAGUGAAAGUCUCGGCCGGAUAUACGUUCCCUACUCCCGAUCUUACUAUCACCACAUCACGUGCCAACGACCAUCACUACUCCUUCCCGAAACAUCGUCGCUCCGCCAUGUCCAUCCCCCUCGACCCGCCCUCUCGUGGUCUUCGCGGGAAGGCCGCAAUCGUGACCGGUGCCGGCUGCACCGGGGACGGAAUCGGGAAUGGCCGUGCGAUAUCCAUCAUGCUCGCCGACGAAGGUUGCAAUGUGCUGUGUCUGGACCUGAAUCUCGAGGACGCGCAAAGGACCGCCGAUAUGGCGAACUCGAAACCUAAUCGCGGAAAGGCCGUAGCAUUGCAAUGCGACGUCACCGCGGCUUCGGACUGCGAGGCCGCCGUAGAGCGAGCAUUGAAGGAUUUUGGGAGACUAGAUAUCCUCGUAAACAACGUAGGGAUUGGCGGCGCACCAGGCACAGCUGUCGAUGUCGACAUGGCUGCCUGGGCGAAGGGCCUGGAGAUCAAUGUCAGCAGUAUGGUGCAGAUGGCCAAGCACUGCAUCCCGGCGAUGCUGAAGAACGACAGCAACGGCGGGAUGAAGGGGAGCAUAGUGAAUAUGGGAAGUGUAGCCGGCCUGAAGGGCGGGACGCCGCACUUGCUGUAUCCGACGAGUAAGGGGGCGGUGGUCAAUAUGACGAGGGCGAUGGCGGCGCAUCACGCGCCAGAGGGGAUUAGGGUGAAUUGUGUUUGUCCCGGUAUGCUGUAUACGCCGAUGAUGUACGCGGGCGGUAUGAGCGAGGAGGCGAGGGAAGCGAGAAGAAAGCGGAGUCUGCUGGGCACGGAGGGAAAUGCGUGGGAUGCAGCAUGUGCAGUAGUGUUCCUCGCGAGCGAUCAUGCGAGGUGGAUCACUGGUGCCAUCUUGCCGGUCGAUGCUGGUGCCACUGCUGCGGUGGGGAUCGGGCUACCUAAGAGUGCGAGCGUUAAUGGGUGACUCCGCUACGUUCUGGAGUCAUUGGUACUCACGAUGAGGAUAUAAAUUUCGCGCAAAGGAUUGUCUCCGAGCAUUGUAUUCCUCCUUCUGAAAUCCUUUGGCUAGCUUAUUGCACAAAACGAGCGACAUUC